AUGAAGUUCUCCAUCCUCGCCCUUCUGGCUCUGUCAGCCUGUGCCGUUGCCCAAGAGACCGAGUCCACCUCUGAGUCUCUCGCGCCUAGCCCCACGGAGUCCGUUGGCUGUGAACCUCACGGCGACCACUGGCACUGCGACGCACCCGCAACCUCCACAGCCGACAGCGAUUCCACCUCCGAAAGCCUCGCUCCCAGCCCAACCGAGUCCAUCGGCUGCGAACCCCACGGUGACCACUGGCACUGCGACGCCCCCGCCACAACCACUUCGGACUCUGACUCCGACUCUUCGUCUGCUACAUCCAGCGCUGAUUCCGAAGGCUCCGGGUCCAUCGCACCCAGCCCUACCGAGUCUGUCGGCUGCGAACCCCACGGCGACCACUGGCACUGCGAUGCUCCCCGUGAGACUGACGAUGCUUCGUCGACUGAGGAGGCUGGUGCUGAAGCCACCGGGGACGAGCCUGAGGAUGCGGCUGGCAUUGUCUCCGUGCAGCUCUCCGCGGUUGUGGUGAUGGCUGUUGGUGCGGCUGCUGUCUUGCUCUAG